ACGCGACACAUCGGUGCCCUGCGGCAGCCUGAGCCGCAGUCUGUCGAGUUUUUACAUAGUUAUUAACUUCGUAACGUCGCUGUUACAAACCGCGAGUCUCUAUCUGUUGAAAGUACGUUUCUAAAGUACUUGUUUGAGCGGGAAACUUUUCAUCUUUCAUCCUCCGUUUUCUUGUGAAGGACUAAGAGACGAAGUUCCUGCGUGGCUAACUCCCGUAACAGUUUACGUCACUUUAAAAGUGAACGCACGCUGAGCUAAUUUAAGCUAACUGCUACCUGACUGCGAUAAAGCUUUAACUAAUAACAGCACUUUAUUUUCAUAUUCGGCUUCUAUUUGGGGUUACUCUUCGCUUUACUUUGACGGAGUCUCGGUGUCUAAAAUUCGGGAACUUUCGAGUUAACUUCCCCCAAAAAGGAGCUCUGAAGUGAGGAGAAACGCAGAAGAGUCCCGGGUGGAAGGCAGCGUCGCACGGUGAGCUAGUUUAGGCUAACCGCUAGCUAACCGCGACAGAGCUUACAUUAUUAACAGCACUGGGUUUGGUAAUUCGGCUUCUUAUUUUGGGAACUUUCCGCUUUACUUUGACCCAACAUCGGUGUGUUAAACUCCGGGACUUCCAGGCGAAGUUAGGCGGAAAUGGUCCCUUAAAGUUGACAGGAAGUCAGAGGGACCCUGGUGGAAGAGGCGACGUCGCUUUUCGGCCCCAGUUCGCCUGUCAGUACUUUCCCAGCGGCCGAACUAGUUCGGCAGGAUGGCCGGAGACUCCCCGGUGAACUUCAGCCUCCUACACCGGACCUGCAAGCUGGUGGUGCUGCUGUGCUUCCUCCACAUCUCCGUCACUGUCUUCUUCUACGUCCGGUCUCUGGACAUCCGGUUCGCCUUCGCCCCGAACCAGCAGUCGCAUAGCAACAGCACCACGGACACGAACCUGGUCAGAAACAUCCCAGAGUCUGGUCCCGGACUGGGUCUAGAGAUGAAAGACGAGCCGAGAGCUGAAACCCAGGAGGAAAUGGCCGGCAUGAAGACGGGAGAGGAACCAGAGAAGAAGACGGGAGAGGAACCAGAGAAGAAGACUGCAGUGGAACCAGAGAAGAAGACUGCAGUGGAACCAGAGAAGAAGACUGCAGAGGAACCAGAGAAGAAGACUGCAGUGGAACCAGAGAAGAAGACGGCAGAGGAACCAGAGAAGAAGACUGCAGUGGAACCAGAGAAGAAGACUGCAGUGGAACCAGAGAAGAAGACGGCAGAGGAACCAGAGAAGAAGACGGCAGAGGAACCAGAGAAGAACCUGGAGAAAUGUCCUGAAACCUCUCCGCUGCUGGUGGGUCCUCUGCGCGUGGAGUUCAACAUGGCCCUGGACCUGCAGCGGGUUGAGAAGGAGAACCCAAACCUGCGCCUGGGGGGGCGGUUCUGGCCCGGGACCUGCAGGGCCCAGCAGAAGGUGGCCGUCAUCAUCCCCUUCAGGAAGAGGGACGAGCACCUCAAGUUCUGGCUCUACUACCUGCACCCCAUCCUGCAGAGACAGCAGCUGGACUAUGGGGUCUACGUCAUCAACCAGACUGCUGUGUGA